AUGCCUCCCAUCAUUACAGCACCGGCAAUCUUGCUGAGAGACAACCUGAUUGCGCCGUCAACCAGCGAAAUCGUCGCUAAUCAUGCAAGUUUACGGAUCUCAGAUAUUGCCAUUACACGGACAGGAAAGCCUAUACUCCGAACACAAGGUGGCAGAUCAUCUAUCGGUGGACAUACAGUGACUGUAUUUGGUGCUACAGGCUUCCUAGGAAGAUACAUCGUUAACAGGCUUGCCAGGCAAGGAUGCACCGUAAUUAUUCCAUUCCGGGAGGAAAUGGCGAAGCGUCACUUAAAAGUCAGCGGAGACUUGGGUAAAAUUAUAUUUAUGGAAUACGAUUUACGAAACACAAAAUCACUUGAAGAAAGCGUGCGACACUCUGAUGUAGUAUAUAAUUUGGUUGGGAGAAUGUACCCCACAAAAAAUUUCGACCUCGAAGACGUGCACGUUGAAGGCGUGGAACGAAUAGCAGAAGCAGUUGCAAAAUAUGAUGUCGACAGAUUUAUCCAUGUCUCUUCAUACAAUGCAGACAUUAACUCAACAUCUGAAUUCUUCCGUACAAAGGCCCGUGGAGAAGCGGUUGCUAGAAGUAUAUUUCCGGAAACUACAAUUGUUCGGCCAGCUCCUCUAUUUGGAUUUGAAGAUCGAUUACUCCACAAACUCGCAGGAGUUACGAAUCUUUUUACUUCGAACAACAUGCAGGAGCGUUACUGGCCUGUUCACGUAAUCGAUGUUGGCGAGGCACUCGAAAAAAUGCUCUAUGACGAUAGAACUGCCGAGCAGACAUUCGAGCUCUAUGGACCAAAAAAUUAUUCUACGGCGGAAAUUUCUAAGAUUGUAGAUAGAGAAAUUAUUAAGCACCACUGGCACAUCAAUAUCCCUAAAAAAAUACUCAAGCCAGUCGCCGGACUCCUGAAUAAAGCCAUAUGGUGGCCGGUUCUAUCAGCAGAUGAAAUUGAGCGAGAAUUUAUCGAUCAAAAGAUAGACCCUACUGCAAAGACUUUCAAGGAUCUAGGUAUCGAACCAGCAGAACUAAGCAGUCUUACCUUCCAUUACUUGAAAUCAUAUCGAAGUUCCGCAUUUUACGACUUACCACCGGCGACAGAACGCGAAAAAAGAGAAGAUAAGAAGUAUUUGCAUGUCUUAGAUAGUCAGUAA